GCUGCGCCGAGAACCGCCUGCUGCCAUGAAAGACUUCACCGAAAUCACGCUUUGCCCCGAGGCUCUGGACGGCAGCAAGACCGAGUUCUGCAACCCCGUUUUUGAGGGCGAGGAGCCCCGGGCGGCAGCGAGCGCGGAGCACCCGCCAGACAAGGAUGGCACCGGCCCCGCACCACGCCGGGACGGCCUCGGCCAGCAGCUCUGGGCGCAGGUGGGCUGGAGGUACCGCGCCGACUGCAAGUUCACCUGGCUCUGCGUGGCUCUGAUGAGCACCAUCCUGCUCUUCCUCAUCGCCCUCCUGCUCGGCAUCAUCAUCCACCAGCUGACGUCCCCACAUCCAUCCAGCGCCCCGGCCCUGCCCGCCCGCGGCACUGCCACCACCGCCACUGCACCCAUCCGAAGGGACCCCCCGGCCCCCAAAACAGCUGCCACCCCAACCGGGAGCUGGCUGCCCACGGCCCGCACAGCUGCACCGGCCUGCGGAGGGACCCUGCGGGGCCCCGAGGGCUCCUUCAGCUCCCCCAACUACCCCGGCCCCUACCCCCCCAACGCCCUCUGCAUCUGGCACAUCGAGGUGGGCGCCGGCCUCGCCAUCCAGCUGAGGAUGGAGACGUUCAGCGUGGAGGGCACGGCCUCCUGCCUCUUCGACCGCCUGGAGCUCUACGAAGAGCAGGGCACCGGUGGCACAGCCCCUGCCCCAGCACGGGGGAGCCCGACCAGGUUUUGUGGCAACGUGCCCCCCCCGACCUUCAACACCGACUCGAACCGCCUGCGGGUCACCUUCGUGUCCGACAGCAGCGUGGGCGCCCAGGGCUUCAGCGCCCGCUACCGCGCCGUGGCCCCCGCCGAGAAGAGCUGCGCCUGGGACGAGCACUUGUGUGACCAGGGGCUCUGCCUCCAGCUGGGCUUCGUGUGCGACGGCUUCCACGACUGCAGGGACAAGAGCGACGAGGCCAACUGCAGCCUGAAACACAAAGAAUGUGGGGGGCCGCUGACCGCCUUGGAGGGGCACUUGUCCACCCCGAACCACCCGCAGCCAUACCCGCACCAGCAGCUGUGCCUCUGGCAGAUCUCGGUGCCCCUGGGCCACGUCAUCGACCUGCACUUCCACAACUUCAGCCUGGAGUCGCACGAGGACUGCAGCUUCGACUUCGUGGAGGUGCACGACAGCACGGGCACGGGGACCGCCAGCCUCAUGGGCAGGUUCUGUGGCCACCAGCUGCCACCCACCCUGACCUCCUCGCGGCACGUCAUGACCGUCCUCUUCGUGGCAGACGAGGGAGUUGCAGAUGAUGGGUUCUUUGCCACCUACCAAGCCCGCAAUGCCACAGAGAAGACCUGCAGCCCCGCGGAGUUUUCCUGUGGGAAUGGCGAGUGCCGGGCGCUGGAGUCUGUGUGUGACGGCUGGCACGACUGCCCCGACGGCACUGACGAGCUGAACUGCACCGGGGUGUCCUACCCGGCCUUCGGGUCUGUCUGCGAGCCCGUGGAAGUGGAGAUGUGCCUGGGGCUGGGCUACAACGCCACCUCCUUCCCCAACAUCUGGCUGGCCAUCCCGGACCAGGAGGGGGCCGCCGAGGUGCUGCAGGACUACCAGACGCUGAUGGAGCUGGCGUGCUACCAGCACCUCCGCCUGCUCAUCUGCAGCCUCUUCGUGCCCAAGUGCACCCCGGACGGGGGGGUGCUGCAGCCCUGCCGGGCCGUGUGCCUGGCGGCCGAGCUGCGCUGCCAGCAGUCCCUCGGCCUCCUCGGCAUCCUCUGGCCCAUCAACUGCAACAUCCUGCCCGACUCCAACGACCCCGUAGAGUGCUUCCAGCCCUGAGCCGGCGAGAGGAGAGCAGCAGGGGCUGAAGCCACCCUCCCCACCCCAAAUGUCCCUCCUGCUCUUCCUGUUGUAAAUACCCAGCUGUUGGGGUGGCCAACACUGGGCCAGCUGCCCUGGGGUCAGCCACUCUGCCCAGUGCUUGCCUUGGUGCCUGGAUGCCACGGGCUUGCCUACAGCUCCAUUUCCCUAGAAAGCAGGUGACAUAUCCCACAGGGAAAGGCUUGUGCUGGAGGGGCACGAGGGGAAGGGCUCAUGCUCCCCAAACGGAGCAGGGCUGGGCAGAGGUGAGCCAGGCUGCAGGCACAAGAGCCCAGGGCUGCCCGUGUCCCAC